AGGUUUGCUUGUCUUUGGCUUCAGCAGGUUUGUCACCCUGCCAGCUGCACAGAAACUUGGAAGACAUGGACGAGCUCCUGUUACCGAGCGGCGAGGAGGAGGCACGCUCCGAGCACAGUUCGUUCACUCCAGGAGACGCAGGGAGUACGAUGGGGGACCGAGUCAAGACCUUUGUCCAGGAGUCUGUGAAGGGGGACCUGAGGAGGACUGUGACAGAUUUCUGCAAAAGGAACGGGCUGCUGACACUGUCGGUGAUUGCUGUGCUGACUGGCUGUACGUUGGGCUUCAUGCUAAGAGGAACUCAGCUGUCCACACAGGCUAAAAUCUACUUUUCUUUUCCUGGGGAGCUGCUGAUGAGGAUGCUGAAGAUGCUCAUCUUGCCUCUCAUCACGUCCAGUUUAAUGUCGGGUCUGUCGUCAAUGGAGUCGAAGGCGUGCUGCCGGAUGGGCGUCCUGACCGUUACCUACUACCUGUGGACAACCUUCAUCGCUGUGGUCGUUGGCAUUGUGCUCGUCAUCAUCAUCAAGCCUGGUGUGGGGACGGAGAUGGAGAGCAACCGGCUGGGCGGUGGUCCUGUCAUGACUUCGGCUGACGCUCUGCUCGACCUCAUCAGAAACAUGGUUCCCUCUAACCUGAUUGAGGCCACAUUUCAGCAGUACAAAACCGACCUGAUCCCCAUUCUCAAAGUUCCGACUAGAACCAUCCAGCCCAACUUCGUCUAUGUUGUCCCAGAUGACAGCGACCCCAAAGGGCGGACGGUGUACCUGGAGCUGACUCCACCACCGGAGGUCUUGUACAAGACGAGUCCUGGCAGCAGUCAGCAGAUGAACGUGCUUGGCAUUGUCAUCUUCUCUGCUACCAUGGGUCUGUUGCUGGGCAGGAUGGGAGAGCGAGGAGCUCCGCUGGUCAACGUCUGUCAGUGCAUCAAUGAGUGUGUGAUGAAGAUCAUUAACGCUGCUGUGUGGUACUUCCCGUUCGGCAUCAUAUUCCUGGUGGCUGGAAAGAUCCUGGACAUGCAGGACCCGAGUACGCUGGGAAAGAAGUUGGGCUGGUAUGGCAUCACUGUGCUCGCCGGCCUCUUUGUACAUGGACUUGUUCUCCUCCCUCUCUUCUACUUCAUCCUCACCAGGAAGAACCCUUUCAGCUACAUCCGAGGGCUGCUGCAGGCCAUGGUGAUCGCCCUGGCCACCUCAUCCAGCUCAGCCACACUACCCAUCACCAUGAAGUGUUUGUUGGAGAACUGCCAUGUGGACCGUCAGAUCGCUCGCUUCGUCCUCCCAGUGGGAGCCACCAUCAACAUGGACGGUACGGCGCUGUACGAAGCUGUGGCGGCCAUCUUUAUCGCUCAAGUUAAUGACUACGAGCUGGACUUCGGCCAGUUAGUCACUAUAAGCAUCACAGCCACAGCUGCCAGUAUCGGUGCAGCUGGGAUCCCUCAGGCCGGUCUGGUAACCAUGGUGAUCGUACUCACAUCAGUUGGCCUGCCACCAGAUGACAUCACACUCAUAGUGGCCAUUGACUGGAUCCUUGACCGGUUUCGGACCAUGAUCAACGUCCUAGGUGACGCCCUGGCAGCAGGAAUCAUUGCUCACCUCUGUCGGAAAGACUUUCCUCUUAGUGGAGCAGGAAAGACUGUGCCCUCCUAUGGGACGCAGACUCCUCACAACUCCCACAGUGUCGAUGUGCCAAUGACGGAGAUCCACACGCACAAAGACUGCAUGUUUGAGACGAUGGGCGACUCGGCGGGCCAGAGACAUGCACACACCGUCUACUACAACAUCUGUCAGGUGUGACAGGACAGAGCAGCUCACCUCAGAAUACCGCAGAGUCCAGUCAGACCUCAUUGUGCCAUCUGAACAGGAGUGUAUAGACGAGACAAACUCUGUGCAGGAAUCUCCUUUUGGCUUCCAGUUUAAAUCGCGGACAGGAGCUGUGGUUUAUCAGUCCAAAGUGGAGCUCUGCUCUCCGGCAUACUGAGACGGGGAGCGAAUCCUCAGUCAUUGGUUAAAUGGAAACUCACCCUGCUGGCCUGAUUUUGAAAGGUGGAGGAUAUUUUAAAAAACUAUGCUUGUUGUUGGAAGAACAGCACGAACAGCAGCCUGAUUUGCACCAGAGGAUUAUGGGUACACAGCAACUUCCUGGGAGCACCUGUAGGUUCAUUGCCUCUUUUUCCAACUGGAUACACCUACAGAGAGAAAGCGGCAAAUUACGCCUUCUACUUCUGCAACAAAAGGAAAUUCAUUGAUUCACUAUGAGAUAAAUCGGGUUUAUUGCAACUCAGGAUCCUGGAUGCCUCCUUUUCACAGGCUUUCGAACUGAGAAGAAGCUAGAUCACACUGAAGACGAUUUACAGCAUAUUUCAUCAGGCCGGGAUAUAUGGCAAGCCAUUUUAACAUUUAACAGCUUCAUUGGAUGUAUUGCAGAUAUCAGUUCUUCACACAUAACGUUACUUUUAGAAUUUAUGGGUUUCUCAUUUCAGAUAUCUACAAUUCAGCUGCACCUCUCCGCAAUGUGGAUUCCAGAAAUCUGCAGCUGAAUUCUGACGAGCUGUAAUUCCAGUUUCAGACAUCUACAGUAUAAAUCUUACAAUUUAUAAUUUUAGGUCAAGAAAUCUUAAAUUCUCCUUAAUUCACCAUAUCUGCACCCUCCUUUUCAGAUAUCUUUAAUUAAUUUGAACUGCUCAGAAUGACUUUGUAGAUAUCUCAAACUGGAAUUCUACUUUAUCAGUAUGUAAUUACAUAUAUCUUGCAUUAGGCCUUGUGAAAAGAUGUUGCAGAUAUUUGUAGUUAUGUCAGAAACUACAGUGAGUGGGAGGCCACUCGCUUUUUUAACAUUGCAACUAUAACUAUAUAUGACAGCCGUUUUACCGCCAAGUCAGAGCAGCCUGAGGCCAAAGUUCUAGCAAAUUUCGACCGCAAGUCUCUAAUGAACAAAGCUCUUGUUCUGCACAAACUCCUCUAUUUCAAGAAAUUUUGUAAUGAUCUUAUCCAUUACAGCAGCUGCCAUUACUUCUGCUGACACUGACCAAUAUCCAACGGGAAACCUCGUAUGAGCAGCGUCAUGCACAAGACUAGUCAUGAGACUAGUCAUAAAGACGUUAUAGAUGUGUGGAAUAAUGAUUGCAGAUAGUCAAACUCUGUGAAUGAAUGCUUAAGUGAUUGUUUUAGAGAGAUGUCUGUAAGACUUAGGUAUGGAAGAACAUGUCUGGGAACAUGGACCCUUGUAAGAUGCUAGAGAGAUGUUUUUAUCGGUUGGUAUGUGGACAGUUAUUUGCAGCCCUGGAAGCAGCAUGAAUGUUGGAACUACUACACCGUGGGACCAACACUCUUGGAUGAUAAGGCUGGAGGUGGAGAAGUGGAUCAUUAUCUUUAUUUAAUUUAGAUUUUACAGCCAGACCAUAUCCGCCUUUAUGUUGAGAUAGUUUUUCAUAAGCACACUGGACCCCAUUAUGUGAAAUGAAAACAAAAAACAAAGCUCACGAUCGCUGCAGAAGACAGUUUUUGUCUCAUAUCUAUCACAUGAAGAAACGAGCCACAUCUCUGUCUUACCUCUCAGGUGUUUCCACAAACCCUCAACUGAGCUGUGAUCUCAUUGGUCGGUGCUCAGACUGGGUGAAGGGUAAAGAGUGAUGAAUGAAUCCAAGUGCUCUUCAUCUUGCAGACUCAACCUUCUUCUGUCUUUUGUGUAUUUUAGCAUGCUGGCAUGCGUUUUAACUGGCUUCAUUUGAAGUCAAUGUGCAUUAUUUUCUUCUUUUGUUGUUUUAACUCCAAUGUUACAAAGUAAACAAAGUGCUGUAGGGAUAAUGACAAUUUUACCAAUGUCAGUUGCAGCAAACAGAUGCUAGUCUGGGUUUCAGUUGACAUCAUGCCUCUCCUGGGUGAACUAAACAUUCAAAAUAGAUGUUUGUUACAGUGAAUUAUCAAGCUUUUCUGGAGCCACAGAAACAGCUGAACUCAAAGCAGCCAAGUGAAAUGAAUUAGAAUU